AUGACAACCAGCAUGAGGGUUCACAUUCAUGGUGACCCGUUAGCCGCACAGUUCUCCAACAAGUUACUUGACAUUGGAAAUGGAAAACUUCCACAAGAUCCAGAAGAUAAUCUGCAUCAUCUCCCAUGUGGCAAUAUGACUGCCUCCCUUGAAGAACUAAAGAGCAAGGUGUUUCCAAACAUUGCCACAAACUACAAAAGUCAGAGGUGGCUAUGUGAAAGAACAAUUCGGGCACCAAGGAAUGUUUCUGUAGACAAGCUGAAUUUAAAUUUGUUAACUCAGCUUCCAGGACCUGAAUGUUCAUACAGAUCAAUUAACUCUGUCCCUGAUCAACAACAGGCAACACAUUACCCAGUGGAGUUCCUCAAUUCACUUCAGCCACCAACAUUUCCACCACACAUUCUGAUCGUGAAAAUAGGUGCUCCCAUAAUGCUAUUAAGAAACCUUGAUGCACCCAGACUCUGCAAUGGAACAAGAUCUUCCAAGGAAGAUAAAAUGCUAACACAAGAAUUUAAAGGAUGUGUAGUCAUUGUUACUAUAGAAUACAGCAAUUUAGAAAUUGCCAACUUUCUAAAUGUUGCAGGGUUCUUUGUACACAAAGUUCAGAUAGAAUUGAAACUGGUAGCCACUGGUGGGAAUGUUUCAGUUGCAUCAAAAAAAUAA